CUUUUCAAUGACCUUACAAACGUUUUCUCACAAGCCGAGGUACCAUUAAUAUAUGAAGUCGUCCCUAUGCUUGAAAGUCUUGAACAUGCUCUGGACCGUGUUUACAAUGCAACCGAUGAUUCACCGCCCGUCGUCCACAUUGCUGCCAAAGCAGCACUCCAAGUUGUCGGCAAAUAUUAUGCCCUGACAGAUGACAACGAGGUCUACCGAAUUGCCAUCGUGAUGUGCCCCCAUAGAAAAUUUAACUGGUUCGACCGGAACCCAGAUUGGCGUGAGAGCGACCGUGAGGAAGGUAAGCGCAUCGUUCAUGCGCGGUGGACUGAGUCAUAUGCGAUGCUCGCGCCACCAGUCCCAACCAAGGCUCCAGACCCACCUGUCUCGCAGCUCCGCUGCACUUCUAGUAAAUGGGCUGCCCACAGCCUGAGUGAUGAAGAGGACAGAGAAGAUAAUUUCAUCUGCCCAGACUCCAUUGAAGCCUACCUCGAUUCCCCGCGUGUAUCAAAGACUGAGCUCAAUGCUGCAGGUGGAGUUCUGCAGUAUUGGGAGAAUGCCCAUGCCACUCGACCUCGACUAGCACAAAUGGCACUUGAUUUUUUGUCAGCACCUGGUAUGACAGCUCACAAGUGCUUGUACCCACUACUAGUACUGACACUCGUAUAG